UUCUCUGGGUAGUUACCGACAAAAAGCUGUAGCAAUUGUUCAGCUCACGCUAUAGUCUAUGCAGUUUGAUUAAACUAAUCCGAGGAGGGAAAAAAAUACAAAGAGAGGAAUAACUAAUGACAGAAGAAGAAAAGUAAGAAAAAGUUAAUUUUUGGGCCCUUAAUUUUUCUUCAUAAUGUCCUGUAAAAGUCAGUAACUAACUUACCAACUUUGACUUAUUUCUCUGUCUAAUUAACUACCAACGAAUUGACAAGCCAAACUGUACUCAGUCUUUCAUUGAGCAUCUCCAUGGCGUUCAGUGCUUGUUCUUACCCUGAAGAGGAAUGAGGUUAACAACAGCAGUGUCAGAGCAAGUUUUCAGGUUUGUGGAAGAUGGAGAAGGAGCCAAGAAGUCUGAUUUUUCGCGCAACUCCAUUAAUCUGCUUGCUUCUUCUCUCCUUGCUCUACACUGAAUUAAUCUGGCUGCGCUACACCCGACAUUGUGGAUCAGAUCAAAUGGUAGGGAACCAAGAGUUCAGAAACUGGUGCAGCAUUCGCAGCACCGGAAAGGAUGGUCAAGGCAUCGAUGAUCAGGAGCACCUGAAUUUUCUCUUGAGAAGACUAGUGAGAGGAGAAGAUCAAACCCAACUUGAUACAACCGGAUUUGCUUGCCAUUCUGACUUUCACACUGACGUCUGUGUUGCCAGUAGACCAGUAAGGAUCGAUAUGCGUACAAUGAAAGUUUACGCAACAUUCAGCCGAGGUAUUCCCCAAGAAAAUCACAUAGUCCGUCCAUACGCAAGGAAAGCAGAUAAGAUAGCCAUGAGUUUUGUUUCACCAGUCCAAAUACUUCAGGGAAACAUCACCCCACCAGCUUGUCAAUAUACCCACAAUGUUCCUGCCGCAGUCUUCUCAUCUGGCGGCUACACAGGAAACCUAUUCCAUGAGUUCAACGAAAUAAUUAUUCCUUUGUUUGUCACUUAUCGCCCCUUACAAUCUCGCCUUCGCUUCAUUGUGACCGACUUCAAUCCUCCUUUCUCUGGUAAAGUUACGAAAAUCCUGUCCCAUUUGUCAAGCUAUGAAGUUAUAAAUCCGGCAGCAGAUCAAAGUGUGCAUUGUUUUCCUGGAGCAGUUGUCGGGCUUCACUACCAUGACUAUCUUGCCAUAAACACCACAGACAUCCCUGGAGGUUACUCCAUGCUUGGUUUCAAGCAAUUUCUCAGAGAAUCAUAUAAUCUGAAGGUAGUAAAUGUAUCAGAGAUGAACAAGCCUGUGUUGAUACUUUUAUCUCGUCCAAAAACAAGAACGUUUCUGAACGAAGAUGAGAUGGUGACUAUGAUGAAGGCAUUGGGUUUCAGAGUUAUCGUCGCAAGGCCUCAUAUGACGUCCAAUUUAGACAAGUUCGCACAGGUGGUGAACUCCUGUAGUGUAAUGGUUGGGGCCCAUGGUGCAGGGCUUACAAAUGCUAUGUUCUUGCCCCAAGGGGCUGUCCUGGUGCAAGUGGUGCCGCUGGGCCUGCGCUGGCUCUCAGCCAGGUACUUUGGCGGACCAGCUAAAGAGAUGGGCUUGAAAUAUGUGAAGUACCAAAUUGAACCAGUGGAAAGCUCUCUCCUCACUCUUUAUGGCCAAGAUCACCCAGUCAUUACUAAUCCAGCAUCCCUAUUCUUGAAAGGGUAUAUGGCUGCUAGGGCUGUGUACAUUGAUGCGCAGAAUCUGACUAUUAAUGUUGUGAGGUUUAGAGAGACUCUUGUCAAAGCCCGUGGACUUCUUGAGCGCUCAGCUCCUUUGGGUUGAACAAACCGUGUUCUAAGAUGAUUCUUUCUAGUUGACCUGUGAAAAUACAAUUAAGAAAGAAUGAGGAACCUGUGUUAUUUGGAAGAGAGAGAAAUGAUGAAACGCGCGAAUGUAUUGUAUAGUCCUCCAUGUUGGAGUUCAUUUGGAAUGACAAUUAGGUAAUCUAAGACAUUUAAUGGUGGCUACCAGUUUCAAUCGGCAGGCUCAAAAGUUAUCAGAUUGUGGGAAUUUUUCAGGAAUAAACUGUUCCUCAUGAACAUGUAUAAUGAAGCACGUAACUAACAAAGCCUCUGUUCAUGGAGGUUGCUUACAUACAAGCUUGUCCAGCCAGACGAGGCAUGUUCGGUUUACAAGUCCCUUUAGGCGCUUCAGAUCCACUAAACAACAUCAACAAGAUCGCCAUUUCUAUGACCAUGCAACAGUCUGAGAUAAGAACUUAAAUAUGCAAAUCAGAUGCUACCCUAGGCAAGUGAUUCAUCUUUGAAUCAUUUUUCUGAACUUGUUAACUUGCUUACAAUUAAAAGCCACUCUCAGACCAUGGAAGAAA